AUGUCUAGGAGUUGGAUUGAAAGAUCAAAGGAUCCAUCCUUUAGAGCAUCUGCACUAUACAUGCAGGAGGUUGACAAAUUCCUAGACUAUGCAUUUUCUAAUGCAGCAUGUGGGACUCAGAUCUUAUGCCCAUGUGUAAAGUGCCUAAAUCAACUUUGGGGAAAUCGGACUGAAGUGACCGAACAUCUGGUCUGUGAUGGAUUUUUAAGGAACUAUACAAUUUGGAAUAACCAUGGGAAAGCAUCAUCUUCACACACCCCUCUCCGUGAAACUCCAGUGGAACUUGACUCAUCAGAUACCUAUGAUGUUACACAUAACAUGCUAAAUGAGAUGUUCAGAAGAAAUACAGAUGAAAGGAUUGAUGAUGGUGGCACAGGUGUGCAUAUAGAGGGGGAAAGUAUAGCAAUGAAGAAAUAUGAACUGUUGAUGGAAGAUGCAAAUUUACCAUUGUAUCCAGGAAACGAAAGGUUUACAAAACUAUCUUUCAUUCUUCGACUUUAUCAUAUUAAAUGUCUCUGCAAGUUGAAUGACAAAGCAUUCUCAUUGUUGCUUGACUUAUUGAAAGAAGCAUUUCCCGAGCCGAAUUCGUUACCGAAGUCUUUGUAUGAAACCAAGAAGAUUAUUAAAGACUUAGGCCUGAAUUACGAGAAGAUUGAUGCAUGCCGCAACGAUUGCAUGUUGUAUCGGAAUGAGACAGCAAAUGCCACGUCUUGUUACAAAUGUGGCAUAUCAAGAUAUAUAUCAGACGAUAAGAAGAUCCCAGUCAAGAUAUUACGUCAUUUCCCUUUGAUUCCAAGGUUUCAAAGGUUAUAUAUGUCGUCUAAACUAUCAUCUGAUAUGAGAUGGCAUCAUGAAGAGCGUGUAGAUGACCAGAAGUUACGACACCCAGCUGACUCUAAAGCAUGGAAGGACUUCGAUAGGCUUUAUCCGGAUUUUAGUGAGGACCCUCGUAAUAUUAGGCUUGGGCUUGCAAGUGAUGGAUUCAAUCCAUUUAAGAUGAAUAGCUCAAAGCAUAGUACAUGGGCUGUUGUGGUGAUCCCUUACAACUUGCCACCGUGGAUGUGCGUUGAGACUUAUGAUGCAUAUAAGAAGGAAACAUUUAAGCUACGUGUAUGCUUGUUAUGGACCAUUAAUGAUUUUCCGGCAUAUGGGAAUCUCUCAGGUUGGAGUACGAAAGGUGCUUUGGCUUGUCCAUGUUGCAACAAGGAUACAAUUUCACGUUGGCUAAAAUAUGGAAGAAAGCACUGUUACUUGGGCCAUCGUCGAUUUCUUCCUCCUGAUCAUAAAUUUCGUACUGAUAGAAGAAGUUUUGAUGGUCAUGAGGAACAUAGAGUGCAACCAAAGACACUUUCUGGUUUUGAUGUGUUGGAACAGCUAUGGGGUGCUCAGUUUCCCCCAUUUGGGAAGGAUAAUAUUGACAAGGAUGGGGGGAAGAGAAAAAGGGGGUUACAAAAGCCAGAGCUCCCAUUUAACUGGAAGAAGAAGAGUAUAUUUUUUGAUUUGCCAUAUUGGAAAAAUAAUGUUGUUCGUCAUAAUUUAGACGUGAUGCAUAUUGAGAAGAAUUUUUGUGAUAGUAUCAUUGGGACAUUGUUAGGUAUGAAAGAUAAGACGAAGGAUCACGUGAAUGCACGUCUAGAUUUAAAAGAUAUGAAAAUCCGUGUUGAUCUUCAUCCAAAGAUUAUUGAAGGUAGGGAUAAAGUCAUUUUACCUCCAAGAUACUACACAUUGUCCAAUGAGGACAAGGAGGUGUUUUGCACAAUAUUAAGUGGUGUGAAGGUUCCAGACGGCUAUGCUAGUAAUAUCUCACGUAAUGUGCAAGUCAAGGAGAGGAUAAUAUCAGGAAUGAAGAGCCAUGAUUGUCAUAUUAUGAUGCAACAACUUCUUCCAGUUUCCUUUCGUAGUGUUUUGCCCAAGAAUGUUGGUAAAGUAUUGAUUGAGAUAUGUGAGUUCUUUCGAGAUUUAUGUAGUAAAGUUGGUUCAGAGGAGGAUUUCAAGAGGCUUAAUCAAAGUAUUGCUUUGUCUCAAUGUGUAACCUUGAAAGGUUCCUCAAACAACUUAAAGACUAUGUUCGCAACAAUAGUCGGCCGAGGGGCUCGAUAG